AUGCCUCUACUGGGUACAGUGCUCCCUGAACAGCUCGAACCGGCCUAUUUCAAGUCCCUCGAAGAACUAGACGAGUGGUCUUCAUCCCCACAUUCCACCUACGACACUGUACUUCCAUACAAGCCCCGCUCAUUGACAGUUUCAUCACAAACUUCCGAGUUGCAUGGCAAACUCUUGGUAUGCCACGACUAUAAAGGAGGCUACACAGAAAGCCCUCAUUCCUUCGCCUACACGUUUAAUUUUUGGUCUCUCUGCGAUACAUUCGUUUACUUUUCACACUAUCGUGUCACGAUACCCCCACCAGGAUGGAUUUCAGCUGCUCACAGACAGGGAGUUAAGAUGCUAGGAACCUUAAUCUUUGAGGGUGAUGGCGAACAAGAUUGCUUGAGACUAUUGGUUGGAAGGUUACCGAAAUCCAAGACUGGCCCCGCAGCACGGACCUCAACGUCGACAUCCUUACCCUUAUCUCCCCACUACGCACGAUUACUUGCCGACCUCGCUAAAAAAAGAGGAUUCGACGGAUAUCUGCUCAAUUUUGAAUGUCCCCUUCGCGGUGGGAUAGAGCAGACCAGAGCACUGGCGGCUUGGAUAACUAUACUUAGGCGUGAGCUGGUUGAAGGGGUGGGCAAGUACGCAGAGGUCGUGUGGUACGAUAGUGUGGUGAUUACGGGUCAACUCGCCUGGCAAGAUCGACUGAACAACUAUAACCUACCAUUCUUCCUCUCUUCAUCCUCAAUCUUUACAAAUUAUACUUGGAGAAACAACUACCCCUCUCUUACGGCGCAAUAUUUUCUGACUUUAGAUCCUUCUCUCGUGUCGAACGAGUCAAAUGUGCAGGUUUCUACCAAGAGCUUGCAAGAUAUAUACGUUGGCAUCGACAUCUGGGGACGCGGGUCGCACGGAAACGGAGGUUUCGGCGCCUACAAAGCUCUUUCGCACAUCGAGCCUAGCUCACUUGGCCUUAGCGUCGCCAUCUUUGGACAGGCCUGGUCAUGGGAGAGCGAGCAAGACAAACCUAGUUUUACUUGGGAGUCUUGGUGGGAUUACGACCGUAAGCUCUGGGCCGGAGUUAUAGACGACAAUGAGACUGUACAAAUCCCCGACUGUCCGAUGAAGAAAGGGGAAGAAGCGUGCACUCAUGGAGCGUUUGUUCCUUUUAAGGAAUUUUUCAAAGCCCAGCCACCUCCCAAUGUUGACCAUAUACCAUUUCACACUACGUUUUGUCCUGGUGCAGGUAGGAAGUGGUUUGUGAAUGGCAAGGAGGUAUUUGUGCAAGCCGGCGGUGGAGGGUGGACUGAUGUGGAUAAACAGACUAGUCUGGGUGAUCUGGUGUGGCCGAAACCUGAGAUCACUUGGGAUGCGCAGGCAGAUCCUCCGGAGGGAGUAUCUCUCCCGAGUGUCCUCGCAAAGGUGGACAUGCGUGAUGCGUGGAACGGUGGAAGUUCGUUGCGAAUGGUCAUGAGCGACCCUGGUUCGCAGUCUGAAAAUGCAGUAUUCCGCUGUGUGAGGGUUCCUAUCCAGUCGUUGACGGUCACAGCGAACAUGGAGUACGAAGCCACCGCUAUUUACAAGGUCGAUAAGGAACUUUCCUUCGAUGUUGACGCUAGUCUCUCGGUGAAGGCUCUUUCCUCUAAAUCCACGUUUCAAAUUACUCCCACUUCCGAGAACGAUAGUCACGUCGGCAACGGCUGGAUGAAAUUGGCGAUUCAGUUCACUCUAUUAGAUGCCGAUGCGCCUUCCGAAGGGAUGCUUAUUUCCCUGGGAUUCACCCUCGCCAUUGUAACUGAGGAUCCCAGUCAGCCUUUCGAAUUGCCUAUCCUUCUCGGCCAGCUCAACGUACAUCCGUCUUACCCGAUAAAUAUACCGAAGCAUACGCCGAUGAUUCUAUGGGUAGAUUUCAGCCGAUCCACCUCUGAACUUUCUGGUAUAAUAUCCUACGAAACUGCAACUUCACUUCCCCUUCCUGUCCAACCUUCCAUCGCAUCUUCCGAAGACCCUGUACCUGCCUGGGUGACCCAACCCACUUCAAUGCAGUGGUUCACUAGGUUGAUGUAUGCUAAUAUCUACGCACAAUGGUUUGACCCUCUUGUGUCUACUCCACUUCCAAGCGACGCAGUUUGGAUCGGAACGACAAAAUACGGAUUGGGCGGAAGAAAAAAUGUGUUCGAUGUUCAGCGGGAGAACCUACCCCCUUCUGUGCAAGGGCAUGGAAGGAAGGGAAGAGUCAGGGUUUAUGUACAGGGUGUAUCGGAAACUGGCGAGGUUAUGAAGUGGGAGCAGUGUGCAUAUGUGGAUAUCGAGUGA